AUGCAUGCAGGUCGGAAUGCAUCGGAACCUGGGCUAAUAAAAGUACAAGAAGAGAUAAAAAGUGGAAAAAAUGUGGCCAAAAUAGUAAGAAAAUUAUGUGAAGAAAAUAAUCUAGAUCCAAAACAAUGUAGAUUUUGGCUUAUUGACAAUAUGGUGUAUAUGUCAGAAAACAAAUCAGGUGCUAUUGUUAAAUUUAAUAGGCAAACUAAUACAUCUUUAUUUAGCAUUCCAUAUAGCCUACAUGUAUUACAAAUAGCUUUAGUUGCUUUCAAAAAUGCUCUAUUUAGAAAGCUAAAUAUCAUGUCGGGAUUGUCUUUAUGA